AUGCCUCGCAAAUCGGGAACGGGAUGCAUCACUUGUCGCAUUCGUCGCGUCAAGUGCGACGAGGUAAAGCCCUCGUGUCAACGCUGUCUCAGUUCCAAGCGUCGGUGCGAUGGAUAUCUCCCUGACGAUUCAACCGUUACACGUCGUCAACUUGCGGAAGCUGCGCGUCAACUCUCCGUCGUCGGGCCUAUUUCUCAGGCUCUUUCUCAGUAUCCCCGACACAGGAGCCAUUCGCCCACGCCUACUAGCACGUCGUUGUUUGACGUGUUUCGGAACCUUACGGCACCGUCGACAGCUUCGUUUAUCCCUUCGAGGUUCUGGACGAGGGAGUUGCUGCAGUUGGCGCAUAGUGAACCUGCUGUUUGGCAUGCUACGCUUGCAUUGGGGGCUCUUCAUCAACGGCAUGAGCUUUUCUGGCAGGGGCAUGGACACCAGAAUAGCCAAGGGCUCAUGGACCAGGCGCAUCAGAGCUAUGCACGCGCAGUAUCUUAUGCCCAGGAUCUCAAAGACCCAACGAGACUUUUGUCACUAAGUCUUGCACUCUUGUCCAUCACCAACAUGAUGGGGCGUUGGUCUGAGAGUCAGGUUCACAUUACUGCUGGACACCGGUUAUUGAAGCAGGCUGGUACCGGUGAAGCAACAAUGAGUGCAGCUGAGAUCUUGACACGACUCGAUCUACAAGCCAUGACCUUUUCCGACUCCAGCGCUCCAUAUUCUUACGACAACACUCCGCGGUCAGUGUACAUUGAUACUCUGAUGCGCCAGGUAGAACGGUUGGAGAGCUAUGCGCAGGCGGGCACGGCGCUGUUUGGCCUGAUGAGGAGGUUCAUGCUGUUGGGUGAGACAUUGGUGGCCGACGACGGCGAACAGGGUGAAGAGGCCAUCAUACAAAAUCUGAUACAGGAUAUUGCAUCGUGGGAGUACAAGAUGGCCGACUUUGAAAGGAAUCGCGAUCCACACAACGCCAUAGGGGCCAUAUCCAUCAGACUGUAUCAUACGCUGCUUCGCAUGUGCAUCACUGCGGGAGGCUACGGGCCUGAGGCGCGAUGGGACAGGUUGCUUGGAUACUUUGAGCGCAUCAUCACACUCGCAGAGCUGUUGUGGUCCAACACGCCAAGCACCCACGUGCAAUCGCCUCUAUCUCUUGAACCAGGCCUGAUCGUACCAGUGUUCAUGACGUGUCAGCGGUGUCGACAUCCAUGGCUCAGAAGAAGGUGCAUUGCAUUCUUGCACAAGAUCAAGAGACAGGAGGGAAUGUGGUCGAGCGACGGAGCUGCGGUAGUGGCCGAGAAGAUCAUGGAGGUUGAAGGACAGAUGUAUUACACCAGCGACCUCUCAAGAGAGAAUUCCCCAUCCCCGAUGCAAAUCGAGGAAAUGUCCUGGGAAGAAUGGGCAACCGGGGAUGGACAAUUGCCUGCAAAGACGAGUUGGGCCGGUAUACCGAGAGUACCAGAGAAGGGAAGAGUGCGGGAUACUCUGGUCAUGGUGGAAGCUGAGCAGAAGCGGGUUCACCUGUCGUUGAUAAUGUCCCCGGGAGAAGAUCUUUUAGGUACACUUGGCGAAGUCCGAGCAGAAACAGCCUCGCAUCCCUACUAUCCAUUGAACGCUCCCCUUGCGCACUAUGCCGCCAACUCGCUGUCUUCGCCAGUUCUCGUGGCCUCAUUUGUCGCUGGGUCGAUUGCCAUCUUUGCCGUGACGCUGCUGCUUAUCCAGCAGUCUGGCCGGACCGUCUCCAAGGUUGCGACGGGCACCACCCUCUGGUUCACGCUCUGCGGGUGUAUUCACCUAUUCUUUGAGGGCUACUUUGCCGUCAACUUUGUCGAGCUCGCUGGCCUGGACCACAUCUUUGCCCAGCUCUGGAAGGAGUACUCCCUCUCCGACUCUCGCUACCUCACCCAAGACUCGUUCCUCGUGUGCAUGGAGGGAAUAACUGCCUUUGCUUGGGGUCCCCUCUCGUUCCUCUGCGCCUGGGCCAUCGUCAAGGACCACCCGAUCCGAUUCCCUCUGCAGCUCAUCAUCAGCCUUGGCCAGAUCUACGGCAACCUCCUCUACUACGGCACCUGCUUCUUUAGCGAGCGCGUCCUAGAGAUCAUCUACUGCCGCCCCGAGAGCUUCUACUUCUGGUGGUACUACUUCUUCUGCAACUUUAUCUGGAUCAUGAUCCCCGUGCCUCUGCUCAUCCAGAGCAUCUGGGAGACUGUCGGGGCUUUUGCCAAGGUCCAGGCUGCUGAGAAGGCCAAGAAGAAGGCUUGAGAAACUAAACUUGAAAGGGAGUACGAGUGAAGGAAGGCGAAGAAUGGGCAAAACGUGAGGGAAGAGGUGAUGUGGGAGUGUUGAUGGUGUCAGGAGGAGUGAGUCUCAUGUUAAGGGAAACACGGAAAACUAGAGUUAUAGAUAAAACUCCGAUCACGAUAAGGUUUCAAGAUCGUUUGACAC